AUGGCAGGCACCCCGGAGAAGCAACACGGCGCCGCCCUGGACCGGUCCAUGUCCAAGAAGCAGCCCGACUCGUCGCAGGACAACAGCGUCAUGGCCGACGAGCAGUACGGCGAGGUGGCCGAGUACGACGAGACGACGCCGUCGCGGGCGGACCUGGAGAAGCAAAAGACGGCGCAGGGCAGCGCGCACUUUCACCGCCUCGGGUGGAAGCGGCUGACCAUUAUCCUCAUCGUCGAGGCCAUUGCGCUCGGCUCCCUCAGCCUGCCCAAGGCCUUUGCCACGCUCGGCAUGGUCGCCGGCACCAUCGUCUCCGUCGGCCUCGGGCUGCUCGCCAUCUACACGUCCGACGUUGUCGGCCAGGUCAAGAUCAAGUUCCCCGACGCCGCACACUACGCCGACGCCGGCCGCCUCGUCGCCGGCCGCUUCGGCUACGAGCUCGUCGGCGCCAUGUUUGUCCUGCAGCUCGUCCUGCUCGUCGGCUCCCACUGCCUCACCGGCACCAUUGCCUUUGGCAACAUUGUCGACAUUGCAAAGACGGGCACCUGCUCCCUCGUCUUUGGCGGCGUGUCCGCUAUCAUCCUGCUCAUCCUCGCUAUUCCCCCGUCGUUUGCCGAGGUCGCGAUUCUCGGGUAUAUUGACUUUGUAUCCAUUGUCGCCGCCAUCGGGCUCACCAUCAUCGCCACCGGCGUCCAGGCCGCCAAGUCGCCCGGCCUGGCCAACGUGCCCUGGUCCGCCUGGCCCAAGGAGGGGCUGAGCUUCGCCGACGCCUUCAUCUCCAUCACCAACAUUGUCUUUGCCUACUCCUUCUCCAUCUGCCAGUUCUCCUUCAUGGACGAGAUGCACACGCCCAAGGACUAUAAAAAGUCCAUCUGGGCCCUGGGUCUGAUUGAGAUUAGCAUCUACACGCUGACCGGUGCCCUGAUCUACGCCUUUGUCGGCCCCGACGUCAAGUCCCCCGCUCUGCUGUCCGCCGGCGACACCGUAUCGCGUAUUGCCUUUGGCAUUGCUCUCCCCGUCAUCUUCAUCUCCGGAUCCAUCAACACCACCGUCGUUGGACGCUACAUCCACGGCCGCGUCUACAAAGACUCCGUCACCCGCUACAUCAACACGGCCAAGGGCUGGACCUCUUGGCUGAUUCUCAUCACCGUCGUCACCGUCAUUGCCUUUAUCAUCGCCGAGUCCAUUCCCUUCUUUUCCGAUCUGCUGUCGAUUUCUUCGUCCCUCUUCGUCUCGGGCUUCACCUACUACUUCCCUCCCAUCAUGUGGGUGCUGCUCAUCAAGGAAGGCCCGGUCUGGGCUCCCCACAACCGCGUCAAGGCCGUGCUCAACUUGAUAGCCUUUGUUGUUGGCAUUGUCGUCCUCGUCGGCGGCACGUACUCGAGCAUCGUUGACAUUAUGAAAAACUACAAAGAAGGCACCGUCGGAAGUGUAUUCACCUGCGCACCCAUUGGGUAA